AUGGACACCAAAGUAUCUGCCAUGUACCUACAUGGGUAUUGGAUCAUAAGCACAUCGCAAAGACUGACGAAUUCGGGGAGUGUUCUCAUUGGGAGUCCAUAUAACCCAGCUCCAGCAAUGGUCACACAGGCACACAUAACGGAAGCUUCUGGCUGGAUCCCAGGGGACCGAAAGCGGACUCAAGAAUUUAUAGAGUCAGAUUUUUCAGAAAGUAAGAGGAGCAAAAAAGGAGAUAAAAAUGGGAAGGGUCUGAGGCAUUUUUCAAUGAAAGUAUGUGAAAAAGUUCAACGUAAAGGAACAACUUCAUACAAUGAAGUUGCCGAUGAGCUGGUAUUGGAAUUCACAAACUCUAACAGCCACCUAGCUACAGACUCGGCUUAUGAUCAGAAAAAUAUUAGGCGGAGAGUUUAUGAUGCCCUCAAUGUCCUGAUGGCAAUGAACAUAAUUUCAAAAGAGAAGAAAGAAAUCAGGUGGAUCGGCCUUCCCACAAACUCAGCUCAGGAAUGUCAGAAUCUAGAGAUAGAAAAACAGAAGCGGAUUGAAAGGAUAAAACAGAAGCGAGCCCAGCUACAAGAACUGCUGCUGCAGCAAAUAGCAUUCAAAAACUUGGUACAAAGAAAUCAGCAAAAUGAACAACGAAAUCAAGGCCCUCCAGCUUUGAACUCCACAAUACAGCUGCCUUUCUUAAUAGUCAACACUAGCAAAAGAACAGUUAUAGACUGCAGCAUAUCAAGUGAUAAGUGA